CAGCCAGAGGCAGAGUCGCAGAGCAGGGCGAAAGACACCCUGGAGAAGGAGGCCGUCACCCCCACCAGCACCAUGCGGCAAGGCGGGAGAUGGGAGACUGCCUUUUUGGCUCUGGUGCUUUGGGCUUCUAGCUCAUCAUCUCAAGAGGGGGCGACUGACUUCAACAGCAAAGCUGCCCGUCUGUUGAAGGAGGAGCCCCUGAACCCCAAAUGUUUCUCGCAGUAUCUGGAAGACCUGGCCUGCUUCUGGGAGACAACGGAGCCCCGGAGGAAGGGAGAGAACCAGACAACGUACACCUUCCUCUACAAGUUUGAGGAGGAGACGUCUCUGAAGUCAUGCAAUCUGAAGGUGGAGUACACCGCCAGGAACACAACCCGCUACACUUGCCUCUUUCGAAGGCAGGACAUCGCCGCCUUCACCCCCAUCGAAGUCAAGGUCCUUGAAGGGCACUCCACCAACAGCUCUCUGCACUCCAGAACCAUUUGGCUGGACAAAGUAGUUUUUCUCGACCCUCCCUCUAACCUGACCGUGCGCCUGAUGGAAGCGCCGGGACAGCUGAAUGUCAGCUGGCAGCCCCCCAACCUGGCAUUCCUGGGCUCCAGCAUACGCUACGAGGUGAAGAUCACUCCCGAAGGCUCCGAAGACCAGAAGGUUGAAAUUGCCAAUGGACGGACCUAUUGUCUCAUCACAAACCUGAAAGGCCAAACCCGAUACACGUUGACGGUGAGGGCCAAGCCAGACGGAGUCAGCUACAACGGCUACUGGAGUACCUGGUCUCAGGCCGUGACAGUGACAACGACCAACAAUCUGGAUCCCCUCAUUCUGACGCUGUCGGUCAUUCUGGUACUGAUCGUUCUGCUUCUGGCCUUCAUUGCCCUAAUGACUCACCGCAGGUUUUUGAAGAAGAAGAUCUGGCCUGCUAUCCCCACUCCAGAACAUGAAUUCAAGGACCUUUUCACCAUCUACAAGGGGAACUUCCAGCUAUGGCUGGGGCAUCAGAACACUUACCAGUGGUGGAGCCAGUACCCUCACUACCUGGAGGAGCAACCAUUCUUGGUGGAGAUACUCUCUGACUGCGGCAACAGGAAAGUGGACUGUCCUCCUCCCCUCCCCCCCAAGGCCCGUGACUUGGUGAAGCUCCCACAUUCUCCAGAUGUAUCCCAAGAUGAGUACCUGGUAUUAGAUGAAGACUUGGUAACACACAACCCCAGAGGAGAUGGUUCUCAACUGUCCAUGGAUGGUGCCAACAGCGAGAGCGCGGACGUAGCCCUUGCUGUAGCAGCAGAGACCCGAGAGCCCAGCCAGGCUUCUUCUAGCUUUGAGUACACUGUGUUUGAUCCCAGCUCAGAGAGCCUCUCCCCUUGGGACCGCCAGGCAGAGCCUCAGCUGAAGAGCACCUACCGGAUGGUGUCGGACUCUGGGAUCUCUGCCGACUACAGCCCUGUGGGCUCCAACGUUGGCCAGGCGAGCUUGUACACCAACCUCUGUGAUGGGGGAAUGCAGCCCCAUCCUUUCCUACCCACAUACAUUAUGUGCUCAUAGCCAUGGUGAACACCGGGCCAAACCUCGACCCAGAAGAACGGAGGUGUCAAGAUGCUAACCUGGGAAGCUGGCUCCUCUUUUCCGGGCUUUGGCCAAAUCGUAGAGGAAUCCAAUGAAAACAAGGAACUUCCAAAGCUCCAGAUGUCCACAACUCACUCCUGCAGACAGAGAGGGAGAGAGAGAGCGCAAAGUGAACAGUGUGGUGACUGUAAACAGACUCUUGACAUGUUUCCAUGAUGUCUAAACCCCCUUUUUGAUGGUCAAAAUCUUAUGGGAGCUCUUAAUUGCAUUUUGUGCAGGUGAGCAGGAAUGGUCUCGGGGGGGGGGGGACUUUGCCUGCCUGGGAAGUGUGUGUGUGGGUAUGCCACACACAUACUUCAAAAAAGCCCGCAGAGAGCUCACUUGAUAACGGCAGGCCAGAAAAACUCCACCCACCUCUUGCCUGGGCACUUUUCCUAUCGUGUUCUCGGACUAGAGGACACAUUUACCAUCUUUAAAAAAGAUAAAACCAGACUACAUAAAAGGAACAUCCUUGGACCAAAGACUUCUGGGUUCUUCCUGCAGCUCUGGAAAGGAAGUCAAGUUCAGGGGUUCGAUGCGUGUCUGGGGCCCUGGAGUCUUCUCUCUAGUAAUAAUACUUCGAACUUGGAAAAUGGUGAUGAAAACAUUUCAUUGUGCCUUGAAUAAGAGCGUGGCCCUUGCAGAACUGCCCCGAAAGACAACUCUUAGAGGCUGGCUCUGGAAUUCUGCCCGUGGCUUAUUGCCUGGGGCAGGGGAGCCAGAGUGGGUGGAAAUUGUAUGUGGGCAAUUUCGAGGAUUACUGUUACUUUCCGCUGAACACUGGGCAAGAUCCUGGCCUUUCCUCUGUCUGGACUUUCUUUCCAAAGCAUAUAUCAUUGGGUUGUGGAAUCAGAGGUGUUUCCACACUUAGACUGUAACCCGGCUCUUAUGGAUACACCUGCAUAGUAUCCUUGUAUAAAUAUGUAUCAUAAUGCAGACUAUAUAUUUUUAUAGACAUUUAUUUUCAAACGUUAAAAAUGAAGGGAGAUUUUGCUUA